GGGCAGCUGGUGCCGAGCGGUCCUGCUCGGCCAGGCGCACGGACGCACCGCAGAGCCGACGGCUGGAGGGACCGGGCGCAGGCUCUGGACUGGCGGGCAGCGAGCGCGAGCAAGAGCUGCGCUCAGUGAGUCUGGCGCAGGCGGCCGCCAGACUCUCUAGCGGCGCCUCCUCCCGCCGGUGCCAGAGCCGGGCCAUGGGGGACAGCAUGCCGGCGCGCGCCGCCUGAAGACGCCGUAACACCCGCCCCCGUGAUGGGCGCCCCGGCUUGCGCCCUCGCGUUCUGUGUGGCCGUGGCAGUUGUGACCAGCGCUGCCUCCGGGUCCCCAGGCAUGGAGCGACACGUCGUGCGGAGGGCGGCAGAGGUCCCAGGCCCUGAGCCCAGCCAACGGGAGCUGGUCUUUGGCAGUGGGGAUACUGUGGAGCUGAGCUGUCACCUGCCCGCAGUGGGGCCCACCGAGCCCACCGUCUGGGUGAAGGAUGGGGCAGGGUUGGUGCCUUCGGACCGCGUCCUGGUGGGGCCUCAGCGGCUGCAGGUGCUAAACGCCUCCCACGAGGACGCUGGGGCCUACAGCUGCCGGCGGCCACUCAGCCAGCACGUGCUGUGCCGCUUCAGCGUGCGUGUGACAGAUGCUCCAUCCUCGGGAGAUGAUGAAGAUGGGGAGGACGAGGCUGAAGACACAGCAGGGGCCCCUUACUGGACACGGCCUGAGCGGAUGGACAAGAAGCUGCUGGCCGUGCCGGCUGCCAACACUGUUCGAUUCCGCUGCCCAGCCGCCGGCAACCCCACUCCGUCCAUCUCCUGGCUGAAGAACGGCAAGGAGUUCCGAGGCGAGCACCGCAUUGGGGGCAUCAAGCUGCGGCACCAGCAGUGGAGCCUGGUCAUGGAGAGCGUGGUGCCCUCGGACCGCGGCAACUACACGUGUGUGGUGGAGAACAAGUUCGGCAGCAUCCGGCAGACGUACACACUGGACGUGCUGGAGCGCUCUCCACACCGGCCCAUCCUGCAGGCGGGGCUGCCCGCCAACCAGACAGCGGUGCUGGGCAGUGAUGUCGAGUUCCACUGCAAGGUGUACAGCGAUGCGCAGCCCCACAUCCAGUGGCUGAAGCACGUGGAGGUGAACGGCAGCAAAGUGGGGCCAGAUGGCACGCCCUACGUCACUGUGCUUAAGUCGUGGAUCAGUGAGAGUGCGGAGGCUGACGCACGCCUCCGCCUGGCCAAUGUGUCCGCGCGCGAUGGGGGCGAGUACCUCUGUCGAGCCUCCAAUUUCGUAGGCGUGGCUGAGAAGGCCUUUUGGCUGCGUGUUCACGGGCCCCAAGCAGCGGAGGAGGAGCUGGUGGAGGCUGGUGAGGCUGGCAGUGUGUACGCAGGCAUCCUCAGCUACGGGGUGGGCUUCCUCCUCUUCAUCCUGGUAGUGGCCACCGUGACGCUCUGCCGCCUGCGCAGCCCCCCCAAGAAGGGCCUGGGCUCGCCCGCCGUGCACAAGGUCUCUCGCUUCCCGCUCAAGCGACAGCAGGUGUCCCUGGAGUCCAGCUCUUCCAUGAGCUCCAACACGCCGCUGGUGCGGAUCGCCCGGCUGUCCUCCGGGGAGGGCCCCGCGCUGGCCAACGUCUCUGAGCUCGAGCUGCCUGCCGACCCCAAGUGGGAGCUGUCCCGGGCCCGGCUGACCCUGGGCAAGCCUCUCGGGGAGGGCUGCUUCGGCCAGGUAGUCAUGGCGGAGGCCAUUGGCAUUGACAAAGACCGAGCUGCGAAACCCGUCACCGUGGCGGUGAAGAUGCUGAAAGAUGACGCCACAGAUAAGGACCUGUCGGACCUGGUGUCCGAGAUGGAGAUGAUGAAGAUGAUUGGCAGACACAAGAACAUCAUCAACCUGCUGGGCGCCUGCACCCAGGGCGGGCCCCUGUACGUGCUGGUGGAGUACGCGGCCAAGGGCAACCUGAGGGAGUACCUGCGGGCGCGGCGGCCCCCGGGCACGGACUACCCCUUCGACACCUGCAGGCUGCCCGCGGAGCAGCUCACCUUCAAGGACCUGGUGUCCUGCGCCUACCAGGUGGCACGCGGCAUGGAGUACCUGGCCUCGCAGAAGUGUAUCCACAGGGACCUGGCGGCCCGCAAUGUGCUGGUGACCGAGGACAACGUGAUGAAGAUCGCGGACUUUGGCCUGGCCCGCGACGUGCACAACCUCGACUACUACAAAAAAACCACCAAUGGCCGGCUCCCCGUGAAGUGGAUGGCGCCUGAGGCCUUGUUUGACCGAGUCUACACCCACCAGAGUGACGUCUGGUCCUUUGGGGUCCUGCUCUGGGAGAUCUUCACACUGGGGGGCUCGCCCUACCCUGGCAUCCCCGUGGAGGAGCUCUUCAAGCUGCUGAAAGAAGGCCACCGCAUGGACAAGCCAGCCAACUGCACACAUGACCUGUACAUGAUCAUGAGAGAGUGCUGGCACGCCGCGCCCUCCCAGAGGCCCACCUUCAAGCAGCUGGUGGAGGACCUGGACCGCGUCCUCACAGUGACGUCCACUGACGAGUACCUGGACCUGUCGGUGCCCUUUGAGCAGUACUCGCCGGGUGGCCAGGACACGCCCAGCUCCAGCUCCUCGGGGGAUGACUCCGUGUUUGCCCACGACCUGCUGCCCCCGGCCCCACCCGGCAGCGGGGCCUCGCGGACGUGAAGGGCUGUCGGCCUGCGGGCCGAGCCUCCAUCAAUGUGAGAAUGGACCCCAGCCCACCGUGCUGCUGCUCGUGUGCUGAGACCGCUGGGUCCCACUGGCCCAGGCCUGAGACCUGGUCUAGGUGGACAGAUGGGACAGACAGCUUCGUGUGUGUGCGCGUGUGUGUGCAGGGGUCCCCAGGGUUCCUUCUCUGCUGUACAGUGACCUGGCCACCUGUGCUGGCAGCACCAAGGGACCGAAUUUGGAAUGUAAGGGGCCCUGCCUGUGGAGCCCUUCAGGGUGGGGAGCUGGGCCCCUCCCCAGGCUCCCGGCCCGCCCCUCCCCCCACUGCCACCCCACAGGGAGCUUUGGGGCGGGCCAGGCUCCUGUGUCCAGAGUGGGCUGUGGCCCCUCCAAGUGCCCAAGCUGAGCCUGUAGGGAAGCCCCCACGUGGCACGCCUCCCACCUAAGGGGCACCUUGCGCCUGGGGUGUUAGCAGCCCCCCACUUCCAGGCCUCCCCACUUCCCACCCUGCUCCUCAGAAACUGAAAUUACGGGUACCUGAAGGCGGGAGCCUUUAACUUCUAUCUGAAAGGGUUAUUCCAGACACAAGUGUACAUUUCUAUAAAUAGAUGCUGUGUAUAUGAUCUACACCUACAUAUAUAUAUAUAUAUAUAUAUAUAUAUAUAUAUAUAUAUAUAUAUAUAUAUAUAUCUCUAUGUGGAAGAAGGAAGGCUGGGACACCUGAGGUGCGCACAAGACCUGAGGGUGCAGGGGGCGGGGGUCCCUAGCUGGGGGAGGCUCUGGGGAACUCGCUGUUCCGACAAAUGCAAAAACCGGCAAAGGCUGGAGGGGCUUUUCUGGCAUCGCAGUUUUGUUUUAAAAAUUGUACCUGGAUCUGUAUGUUUGUAAAGCUCUUUAUCGACCCCAGAGCCCGUGUCCCUGUCCCUCCCAUCACUCCUGGUGUGUAGCCAGCCACGUGGCAGAGGUUUCAGGUUUACCUUACUAACAGAGGGAAGGUUGAUGCCUCGUUGAGGGUUUGCUGAGGGUGCGUGCAGCCCACGCCCCAAGGUGCGAGCCAGCCCCGCACUCCCCCAGGGGCCGCGAAGAGCUUGGGAUGGUUCCGAGGAUGCUUUGUUUCCUUUGGCCUUCUUUUGCAGGAGAGUUAGAUUUCUAUAGGAUUUUUCUUUAGAUUUUUUUGGGGGGACUUCAAAGCAAGCUGGUAUUUUCAUACAAGUUCCUCUAAUUGCCACGUGUUCCAGGCGGGGAGGCAGUUUCCAGUGGGGGCCAGCCCUGCACGCAGGUUCAGAAGUUAUUAGAUGUUACAAGUUUAUAUAUAUCUAUAUAUAUAAUUUAUUGAGUUUUUACAAGAUGUAUUUGCUGUAGAUUUAACACUUCUUACGCAAUGCUUCUAGACUUUUAUAGCCCAGACUGCUACUUUUCAAAGCUUGGGAGAGAAAGCCACAGAUUCAGUCUUGUUACUCUGGGUGCCAUUAAUGGCCCUGCGUUUGGGCGCUGUUCUCUGCUUGUCAGCGGGCUCGGGCCAGGGUCUGUGUUCUCAGGGCCCCCAGCCUUGUGGGGGCCAAAGGUGUCAGCCCAAACCGGCAGAAGUGCUUUCCAAAAAAUAAAGACAUCUGGUUCAGA